UAAUUGCGAAGAAAGAAAAGAGAUAAUCCCAGCGAUUCAUCAUCAUUUAUGUCGACGUGGAAAUUCAGUGAUAUUCGGUUGUUACUUGCGUCAAUGCGUGCAAUAUAUGGUUGAAAAUGGCAAGUCUUGAUGAUACAGAAGAUGUGGCUCUAGAUUUUGGCACAGAGGAUGAGUGGAAGAAACAAAAAGCACUGAGAUAUCCCAUGGCAGCUGUUGCUCACCUAUUCUUCAGAGUGAGUGCCCUCCUGGCCUACCUCUUCUGUAAUCUCUUCAGCAGUAGUUUCAUCCUAGACUUUGUGGUGACGGUGUUUCUCCUGGCGGUGGAUUUCUGGGUGGUGAAGAACGUGACGGGCCGUCUGCUGGUGGGACUGAGAUGGUGGAAUCAUGUGGAUGAAGACGGGACAAGUCAUUGGGUGUUUGAGGCAAGAAAGGGUUCAAGGAAAAGUGAAGAAUCAGGGUUAGAAUCCAAAAUAUUUUGGUUUGGUCUGGUCGUGUGUCCUAUCUUCUGGGUGGUUUUCGUCUUUACAAAUAUUUUUGGUCUCAAAAUUAAUUGGCUGAUCAUAACAACAGUUGGCGUUAUUCUCAACGGAGCAAAUCUGUACGGCUACGUCCGCUGCAAAAUAACCUCACGGAAAGAGUUAUCAUCGAUGGCUACCCAAUUCCUUGGUCAACAGAUGCUUAAAUCGGCUAUGUCGGCAACAACUCGGCCGCAGACAACACAAUAGGUACUAGAUUCGUUCCAAUGGGAGGAUGCAUGAAAGAGAGAAGUAUUUAUCUCAAGUCUUCGUUCUUGAUUCCACAUUUCUAACUAAGGCUUAUUUAUUUGAAAAUAGAUGUAAUUUGGACAUAAAAUUUGAUGUAUAUGGUGUGACUUUGUAUGGAAUUGUCAUUUUGUACUGCAUUGUUAUGUGAUUGAAUAGCUGUUGAUCCGCUUGAUAAUCGCAUGUAUCAUUUCAUUUCCUUUUUAGCAGGUGCUGGGAUAUUUAGUUU